AUGAAUGCCGCGCUCAUGGAGGAACGUCUGCGCGCCUUCUACGCCAAGCACAAUCCGGGCAAUGAUCAAAACAUCGCCGAGAUCGUGCGCAAAUUCGCUGGUCGUGAGCGCCAAUUGUGCGCGAAACUCUUUAAGAAGUAUGGAGAAGCUCCAGACUUUACGUCUGCCGACGACACCGUAAAAGAAAGGGACGUAACAAGGAUACCAUACCCCAACGCCACAUACGAGAGGGAUUUCAAGGCGUACAAGCUACCUAAAGUCACUGACAGUCCGCUGGACUUUCGCUCAGCUCAAUUCGAUGCUCUCAAGGCUCUCCAGACACCUAAAGAUCAGCUGAAGCUGCCAGUGGCCACUGCUCAUCCACUGGACAAUAUCCAAAAAUGCCGACACCUGCUACCAGAGUUAGAUGUGAACAGACAGACGCUCGUCGUUAGACCAAAGAAACCGAGUCCAUCAGCAGCUGACGCCAAAGCUGCGGUGGUGAAGAAGGCCCCGGCUCCUGCUACACCGUCGCUGUUUGAACAACUUGCAGACACUUACUUGGAAGGGCCUUUUCGAGUUCUUCGUCGUUGCUUCCUGGAACGAAUGCGAGUCUUCGUAGUUAUUCGUCGAGUUAACAGCGUGCGUGGGACGUGCUCAGGGUUUUUGAAGGCCUUUGAUAAGCACAUGAAUCUCGUGCUAUUGGACGUCACUCAAGACUUCAUCCCGCUCAAUACUCAUGAGAGGCUGCUGCGAGAGGUGAGAGAGGAUAAACGCAUCGCGAGUGACGCUGUGUUCUCUGCUGCAGACUCGAGACGUAAUCGUCGAGUACUUGCUAGUGCUGGUGGAACUCGACGUGAGUACGUGAAGCAGCUUUUCAUUCGUGGUGACAAUGUGGUAUCUGUCAGUGCAGUUGUGGGCAAUACAACGGACACUCGACCGCGAAAUACUGCUAGACUAAACAACCAACGCAAGCCCAGGUCCUAG